ACCAACUCUGCGAUAAUGAUUCUAAAGUUCGCGCUUGUUCUUUUUUUCGUCGCAGCCGUUGCUUCCGAUGCGGCUUUUUUCAAGGACAUGGUGCCGCGGAUAAAGUGCAAAUGCGUCAAAGUACGGGACUGUGCAGUGCAUAGAAAUAAUUUGAAACUAGCCAAUCAAGGAUCAGAUGGAGUUUAUUACGCGAAUUUUCUCUUUGAGUUGACCUGUGGUUUUAUCAAAAACGAUCCCUACGUCUGUUGUCCGAUUAAUAAUGCCAAUACUGAAGUGAAGAACUGGUAUAAAUUUUACAUGGCAAAAAUGUACAAAAUAAUUAUUAAAUAAUAAAAGGUGUACUGUUUCGAUCGAUUGUGUUUAUGGGUGUGUCACAAAUGUAAAAAAAAAA